AUGAACAGCUUGCAACGACCCUUGCGCGGCGGCUGCCAAUGCGGGCGCAACAGUUACAUCAUCGACGUUCCUCAACAGACGACCGAGAGGGCUCAGGUGCUCUUUCAUACGGAUACUAGGCACAGAGUUCCGUUGGCAACACCGCUGGCGGCCAUGAUUCGGGUACCGCUUUCAUGGUACCGCAGCACAACUCAUGCUUUCUUCCCAGACGAGAGACACUCGAUGAUCCACCGUGUGUUUGAAUCCGCAUCUAACAACUCCUCCAAACGACAUUUCUGCGGCUUCUGCGGCACGCCUCUGUCUUACUGGACGGAACGCCCCCAAACAGAAGCCGACUACAUCCACCUUACCUUGGCCAGCUUGCGCGGCGAAGACCUGCGAGAUCUGGAGGACCUAGGUUUAAUUCCCGAGCUCGAGGAUGCGGAAGAUCAACCCGUCGUUCCGACAACGACUACGGUAGUUGGACGGGAAACCCGCGGGGUCCCAUGGUUUGACAGUUUGCUCGAUGGGACCCGUUUGGGUAACCUGCAUCGCAGCCAGGGUGCGGGGCAGAGUAGGGACGGGAAAAUCAGAGUUGAGUGGGAGAUUAUGGAAUGGACCGACGCAGACGAUGACAACAACGUGGCUCCAGAGUCUGAGGAUGUGGACAUGACGACGAGCCAGUCGGGAAAACGCAAGCUGGGUGAGCGAGACGAUAUGGAUGCGGCUGCGGAGGGCAUGCAUUGA